UUAGAAAGAAGGGUUGAAAAUGGCAUCGACUUGCUCCCUCCAUCCCUCCGCUUCGCGGGCGUCUCCUGGCGCCAUUGUUUCCCCCUCUACUUCCACUUCCCGGCCAGUUUCUUAGUUUACCGCUUGUUUGGCUUCCACCAUCCGAUAAUUGCCAACCCUAACUGCACUCGUCUUACUCUCUUCCCCCAAUUCCCCUCCUCCCGUUGGCCAAGUUUCGAGAAUUAGGGUUUUUCAUCCGUCGAGCUCGCUGGCAGACCAUCGCCGUGCCCUUUAUCGCGUUCGGUUGAGAAUACUAUGCCUGUCCCUGUGGAGAAAUGGGGGUAGCAUUUCCCGCUUGUUGGCUUUGUUUUUUGUUCCUCCACUCUGGAGUGGAAGCUGUCGUUCCCUGAACUCGAUUUGAUUUGUCCGCUGGGUGAAUCGAGGUACUGAAGUUGGUACUUCUUUCAUGGCCACCACUGCCUCGGCCGAGCGUACGGUCUCUGAAGUGGGGAAGCGCCUCUCUCAAACCAGGCUGAACAAGGAUGCGCUCGUCAAGCUGCUCAAGCAAGCUGCGGAUGCUUUGUCAGAAUUUCUUCAGUCCCCAUCUCUCCAAUCUGCACUGGAACCUAUAUAUGAUUCCAUUGUUCGGCAUAAUUAUCUUCGUCAUAAAGACAAAGAUGUCAAGCUUUUGGUUGCUGUGUGUUUCAGUGAAAUUAUUCGAAUCUUGGCCCCAGAUCCUCCUUUUAGUGAUGCAUUGUUGAAGGAUAUUUUUAAACUUUUCAUCGGCACAUUUGGUGAACUUGCUGAUACUGCCAGUCCAUACUUCACCAGAAGGGUAAAGAUACUUGAGACAGUUGCAAGAGUCAGAUGUUGUGUGCUAAUGCUGGAUAUUGGGUGUAAUGACUUGGUUCUUGAUAUGUUUAAUGUUUUCUUCUCCGUGAUUAGAGAUGAACAUCCUCAAAUUCUAUUUCAAGGUAUUUUGUCAAUAAUGACACUUAUUUUGGAGGAGGAAGUUACACAACCACUUUUGGAUGUGAUAUUGCAAAAUCUGCUGAAGGAUGAAAAGAAUGUGUCUCCUGCUUCCUACAGGCUUGCGGUCUCUGUCAUCCAAAAUUGCAUGGAAAAGCUUGAGCCUUUUGUCCGAAGGUUCUUGACAUCAUCAAUUAUCGAUAGAGGAGCUAGAGGCAGUGAACUUGGAGAAGUUUACCAUGAAAUUAUUUUUGAAAUUUUCCAGUGUGCCCCUCAGAUGCUUCUUGCUGUGAUCCCGAACUUGACACAGGAAUUGCUUAUUGACCAAGUGGAUGUCCGUAUGAAGGCAGUGCAAUUACUUGGGAGGCUUUUUUCAUUGCCUGGAUGCCAGGCUGCUCAUGAAUAUCAUCAAUUAUUUGUAGAGUUUUUGAAGCGAUUCUCUGACAAAUCUGUUGAAGUCAGGCUAAGUGCCCUGGAAUGUGCUAAAGGGUGCUAUAUGGCCAAUCCUUCUGGUGUAGAAGCACUUGACAUUCUUGGUGCUCUUGAAGCUCGGCUUUUGGAUUUUGAUGAAAAAGUAAGGGUUCAAGUUGUGAAUAUAAUUUGUGAUUUGGCACAAUGUCAUCCAAGAUGCAUUCCCUCCGAGUUAGUAUUGCGUGCGGCAGAAAGGCUUCGUGAUAAGAAGGUUUCAGUCAGGAAAAAUACAAUGCAGAGGCUGCUGGAAUUGUAUACGAGUUACUGCAAUAGGUGCUUUGAAGGGGAGAUCACACCAGAUGAUAAUUUUGAGCAAAUUCCGAGCAGAAUAUUGAGACUUUGCUAUGACAAGGACAGCAAGGAUUUUAAGCCUCAAAAUGUGGAACUUGUACUUGCGGAAAAUUUAUUUCCUGCUUCACUUCCAGUUGCAGAAAGAGUCAGACAUUGGAUAUCUUUCUUCUCUUUCUUUAAUUCACCACAUAUAAAGGCACUAGAGUCUAUCUUAUCUCAGAAAUGGAGGUUACAGAUGGGGAUGCAAGAAUAUUUGGCUCUUCGGCAGAAAGGAAAGGAUGGAAAUUCUGAUGCAGUGCACAAAGAGGUCUUGGCUUGUUUCAGGAAAAUGUCAACUUCCUUUGCUGAUCCUGUGAAAGCACAAGAGAAUUUUCAAAACCUGCAUCAGAUGAAGGAUAACAGCAUUUUCAAGACAUUGCUGUCCCUUCUAGAUGAGCAAAAGGAUGUCGAGGCUGCUCAAACUAUUCGAGAUGAUCUGCUAAAGAGGAUAGGAAGUAGGCAUCCACAAUAUGAAUUCUUGAGGAUACUCAGUGCUAAAUGCUCAAACACCUUAUUCAAUGCGGAGCAUGUCAAUUUGAUCAUUUUGUAUUGUCUGUCUAACAAUGCUCAAGCCAAGGCACUUGUGGCUUCCGCCAUAGAUCUCUUAUGGACUGUGGUCAACAUCUGUCCUUCAAUUCUAAAAGGCUCUGAAGAGGGCUUUGUUAAGCUGUUGAUGGAAAAACUUUGCCCUUUCGAAGACAAGCUCCUGCAGACUUUGGCCAGAGCAGGCAGUCAUAUUUCAAUUGCAUUUCCUUCAAUAUUUCCAUUCCUGGAGCAGCAGUGUUUGGAGGGAACCCGUUCACGAGCAAAGCAUUCUCUUCCAGCAAUUGUUGCAUUAACAGAUGCAUCAUGUGAGCCAGCUUUGUCAGAUCUGUUUAGGAAACUUGUGGACUCUCUUUUUGCUGGGAGGAAUGUGCCAACUGUUUUACAAUCAUUGAGCACACUUGCUCAACAUCGUGUUUCAAUGUAUGAAACUUGUGAUGAAGAAAUCACACAGCAUAUCAUUCAAAAAAUUUUCCGAGUGUCCAAUUCAGAUUGGCAUGACCACUUGGAUGAGGGAUCAUCAUGUACCUACAACUGUAAAUUGAAGGUAUAUGCUCUGAAGGCACUUGUCAAGAGUUUUUUGCCAUUAGAAGGAACUCGUUCAAGGCAAAAGCUUGGGCGACUAUUUGGUAUUUUAUUAAAGCUCAUGCUGGUGGGUGAAAUUUCAGAUGGCAUUAAUUCAAGUGAGAACGACAAAGCUCAUCUCAGGUUAGCUGCAGCUGUAUCUGUUCUUCGACUGGCUAGAAAAUGGGAUGCUCAAGUUUCACCACAACUUUUCCAUGUAGUGAUUCAAAGGGCUCGGGAUCAUUCGGAUUUGGUUCGCCAUUGUUUUGUUGACAAAAUAAACAAGUUCCUGAGAUCACGCUCCUUACCCAGAAAAUAUGCUUGUGCUUUCGCAGUGGCUGCUUGUGUUUGCCAUGACAAUUUUCAGGAAGAUUGUGUAAGAUACCUCACUGGAUUUAUAGAAGACUAUCGUCAAGAGGCUCGGAAUCGUCAAGCAUCUUCUCACAACUCAGAUGGAGUAACAAUGACAUACUAUCCUGAAUAUGUUCUUCCUUAUUUGAUUCAUGUCCUUGCUCACGAUCCACUUUUUCCUGAUAUGGAUUGCCAAGAUAGUGCUGGUUUUGUUACAGUUUGCAGUCCUCUUUUUAUUUUAUUGAAGGCUCUUAUCAUCUCUGGUCCCACUGAUGACAUCAAAAGGGAAUCUUCCGAGAGCAUAUCAUUCACAUUAGGUAUUCUGCGUGCUAUUAAAAUGUCAGAAGAUGCUGUUGAUGAAAAAAAGAGUAAUAACCUACACGUGCUAGCGGAUGUUGGUUUGAUUUUCACAAAAUCUUUGGGUGGAAGCAAUCAGCUUCCUUCUCAAGUACUGGGGAAGGUUUUGCUUCCAUCGUCUUUUUAUAGAGUCAGGCCAGAUGCAAAAAGCAGAAGGGCAGAUGAUAAUUGCCUGCCCGAUUGUAUUGCUAAUGGCUCUUUCCUUGAAAAGGUUCAGAGUGUCUGGUCACAUAUUUUCCAGCUUUCUGGGAAACGGGGGAAAAGGUUGCAGGAGGAGGUUCUACAUGUUGAAGAUAAAAGCAGUGGGAAGUUGGUAACAGAAAAGCACUCAAGUCAUAAAAUAAGUGGUGGGGAUAAUAUGGCAGAUCUCUCUGAUGGUAAUGGAAAAGCAUCUUCAAAGACCUUCAGAAGUGAAGGUAGCUCUAGGUGCAAGGCCAAGUCUGUGUUACCAUCUAAAACUACCAGUUCACAGAUGUCAUCUCAUGAAAAUUCAACCUCGAGCGAUGGAGCUCUCAGAGACAUUGUGCCUGGAAGCAGAAAAGAGAAGAACACUUCAUCAGCUGCUGAUAUGAUUUCAAAAAGGUUAAGAUCUAGUUCUGGAAAAGGGACAGUUGGUUCAAACGGCAUAUGCCAUAAUGACAAUAAGAGAAGUCAUGAUGUUGGUGCCAAAUUGUUAAAUAAUUCACAUAUGAAGCAGUGCAAUGUUGGGGAGGCCUUAAUUGGUCAGAGAAUCAAAAUCUGGUCGCCCUUUGAUAACUGUUUUUGUCCAGGGACUGUCUGUGAGUACAAUCCAGAUAACUGCUCUUACAUGAUUGAGUAUGAUAAUGGAGACAUUGAGAGGUUAUGUUUGACAAAUGAGCGUUGGGAAGCCGUGAGCAUGGAGCCUGCAUCUGAGAAGGAACCUGAGGAACCUCAUUUAGAAAAUUUGCAGGACAAGGGGAGAGCAGAAGCCGAUCCAUCUCCAUCUCAUGAUAUUUGGUGGGGCUCUUCUUUAAGUAAUGACACUGGUCCACAAGAUUCUGAUGUGAUAGAAGAUAAGAGUGCUGAAGAUCUCUCAUCCUCUGUACCGUCAGAUGUGGAGGGGGACCUGGACAGUAGAACUUUGUCGUCCUUUAUAGGGAAGCGGAAGGCAGUGAAAAAAACGCAGCUAAAACCGUCAGAUGACUCAGAUCAAGCAAAUGUCAAGAGAACAAGAUUAGAACCUGCUAAUCGCCAUUAAUUCAAUAGACUGACAAGAAGCAGGCAACCACGAGAUACGUGUAUCAUAUUGUAGAUGCCAUCUAGUUGGAAAAUGUACCAUAUUGUAGACGCUAUCAAGUUGGGAUUCCGAAGGCCAAAAUUUGGCAUGUCUGUUAUCUGUUUAGCACCUCCCUUUGUAUAUGCCUUGGGAGGAUUUGUAAAUGAUGAAAUGAAAAUGGCAAUUUUGCUC